UAUCAAUGUGGCUCACAUCACAAGUUCAACUUUUUUAUACUUCCUAUUCCUCCACAAUGCCCUUCAUGUAAAUUCCAAGCAAACUUCAUAACUUUGUGUGCUCUCUCUCCCAGCACAUGCUCUUGAGAUGGCUCCAGAUCAUUAUCAAGAUCACGAGCCAACCACCACCACCACUCUUCAACCACACCUGGCCACAUGGCCAUGGCAUCUCCGCCGGAGGCUGAGGCGGCGGAGGAAGGUCCAGACGGUGAGGCUAGGCGGGCAGAAGCCACGGCGGCGAGUCCUCCGGGGGCUGGUGAGAGUCUUUAGGAGGAUGCGUGUGAGGUGGCUGAAGCUGCAGUAUCUCCGGUUGUUGAAGCGGCUUAAGGAGCACUACCGGAACGUGGUGAAGGACAUGAUAGAAGGUGCCGCCACCAUCGAAACGUUUCAGCAGCGGCUUUUCAUGGAAAGCACUUUUGCUAUCCCGGUUGGCUUUAACUUGUCUACCUAUCCUUCUCGUUGUGGAUCGGAUUACAAUCGAACCAUUUUCAUGUAAACUGUUUUUUUCUUGUCUUUUUGUUUUUUAUAAUAUAUAAGUAUAUAUAUUACCCUCAACCCCAAAACUUUUCUUAAUUUCCAUUUUCUUUUCUAUGUAUAUGUAAAUGUCUGAAAAUCAAAAGAAGGAAACUCAAGUUGUUUCGUAUCCUUCCAUUUGUAUAAUUAUAUAUGUUGUUGGGAAA